AAGAAGAGACGGAAAUGAACAACCAGAAAAGGACUAGUGGAGCAAUAGAAGAAGCCAUCGAGCUUCGGAGGAAAAUGGCUGAGAAGAAGACUUGGUUUGAUGAAAAUUUGCAAGACUACAAUGGGUUUAUAUAGGCCCAAAGUCAUUAAUGAUGAUGAUAUUUCUUAUGCUACCAUAUACGACUGUGAUUUGCUUGGUUAGGGCUUAUGAUUCAACACAUGUUGAAUCACUUGGGAAGGGUCUCUUACUCGCUGCUUUUACAUGUUUGAAGCUAAUCUCAAGCUGAGGUUCAAAUUUCAGGCCUUCUUCCAAGCAUGGGAUGGAAUAUCUUUAUGGGCUCGAAGCUAGCUUGUAUUCGCAGUUAGGCCUAAUCCAACAAUAGAGUUAAUUCUGUCAUUAAGAGCAAAUAUCUAAAAAUGAAUAGGCAAUUAAAAGCAUUGGGCCAUAUCAACUUCCACUCUCAGAUCUCAGCAGUACCAAUCCAUCAUCCAUUCGUACUUCGUCAAAGCUUGUCUGCUUUGGUGAAGUUAUGUGAUUAACAAAAUCGAUUCAAAUCGACAAUUGAAAUUGACUUAUGCAAAAGCCAAUUCCAAUCAACGCCACAUUGCUUGAAUUCCACAAAACAGGAGUCGGUGGUUCAAGAAUAACUACAGUGCAACCUUAUACAACUCUUGAGACUUCCAUCUACAAGUCACUUGCUAAGGCGUUUGAUGAGCAGAUGUUGGUUACUACUGGAAACAGGACAGUGAGAAAGGUUGCAGCUGUGGAACCAUUUAAAGAUUGUUAUCUUAAACAAGACUUGGAUAUGUCAUUGCUUGGAAUUAGUGUUCCUGACAUUAAUUUAGUGUUUGAAAAUUUGGAUGUGAAUUGGGCAAUCUUUGGAGCUAAUUCAAUGGUGGAGGUAAGCAAUGAUGUGGUGUGUUUAGGGUUUGUGGAUAGAGGUCCAGACACCAUAUUGACAACGACAUCAAUAGAUAUUGGAGCACAUCAAUUGGAAGACAAUCUUCUUCAGUUUGAUCUUGCAGCUUCAAGGCUUGCAUUUACUUCCACACUCCUCUUACAAGAAGUCGAGUGCUCUAACUUCAAAUUUUAAAAGAUGCUUUAUUAU